UUUGAUCAUUUUCAAUUUUAUUUUGUUCUUUUUACUUUAAAUUCGCCUUUAUGCUGCUUCGUGUAGCCGCAGUGUGUGUUUGUUCUUCCUCUGUUCCUCCGCCAUCCUACCUGUACAUUCAAUCGCCCUCUUCCAGUUCAGCCUUCCUUCCAGGGUUUUUAGCAGCGCGAUUUUCAGCUGAAUCCUACAUCCUUCCUUUUCUCAAUCUCCAACCGUGUUCGUUCUCCGCCUUCGUUGAUCACUAGAAACAUCUGCCAUUUGCUGUUCAAAAUUUAUUCGAUUAUUCCCAGACUGUCGAAUGGCAUUGGGAGAUUUAAUGGUGACGUCUCGGUCCACAGCUGUUGUGGAGGAAGUUGCGGAUCAUGAAAAUGAUGAUAGGAUUAAUAACAGAGAUUCAGAUGUUGCUAGUAGUAGCCAUGGUGCUGUUGCUGACAAUGGGACAAUGACGGUGACGACAACGACAAGUUAUGGUUAUGUGCCUCAAUAUAUAUUCUUUCGUGAGCUUCGGCAUGAGGAGUUUGAGGAGUAUGUUCCUUCUGGACAGGCUAAUAGUGGUGUCGUCUCCAAAUGGCGAACUAAGGAACGGAACUUCUUGCAGAUGAAGACAGGAUGUGUUGCCCUUGUUUUGUGUUUGAACAUCAGCGUUGAUCCACCUGGUUUAAUAAAGAUUUAUCCUUGUGCUCAAAUGCAGUGUUGGAUUGGUAUGUCUGCUUCUGAAGUUCACGUGGGUCAAUUUGGUGCUGGCUUCGUGGAUGGAUCUGUGAAACUAUUUGAUAUCCGAAUGCCAGAAAUGCUUGUUUGUUCAAUACGACCUCAUACGGAAGUGGAAAGAGUUGUUGGGGUUGGCUUUCAACCUGAACUUCAACCAGCAAAGGUUGUCAGUGCAUCUCAGGCUGGUGAUAUUCAGUUCCUUGAUAUGAGAAAUCUCAAGGAGGCAUAUUUGUCCAUUUAUGCUCACAGGGGAUCCCUUACAUCUCUAGCUUUACAUCGUCAUGCACCCCUUGUAGCAAGUGAUUCAUCAAAGCAACUAUUCAAAAUUUUCAACCUGGAGGGUGAGCAGUUAGGCACCAUUAGAUAUUUGUCCACCUUCAUGGUUCAGAGGAUAGGAUCUGUAAGAUGUCUUACCUUCCAUCCCUAUCAAGUGCUGCUUGCUGCUGGUGCAGCAGAUGCUUGUGUUUCUGUCUAUGUUGAUGAGGUAACAUCUUCAUAGCUUCGUCACAAAUUCUCAGAUUGAGAAACAAGAUUUUUUGACUUGGGUGUUCGUUUGAGGUGGUUAGUGGCAGAUGGAUUCUUGACAUCUCAUCUGGUCCUUGUCUACAUCUCUUGUACAGUGAUCGGCUCACUGAAGUUACUGUUGACAUUUUCUGGUCAGUUGGUGUCAACCUCUCUGAAAUGCUUAUCGGGCUCACUGAGGUUGCGUGCUGCUUAUUUUUUGAGCUGCAGCAGCAUAGAGUGGUGUGGAACGUUGAGAAGAAUCAACAUAUUGGAUGAAAGAUUUGUAGAAUAGUUAAAUACAAAGUUAAAAAGAUGUAAAUAUCUUCAUUUUUUGUUUUUCUAUUUUGUAAAUACCACUUAUUUAAUCAUCUCAAAGAUUUGUAGAAUAGUUAAAUACAAAGUUAAAAAGAUGUAAAUAUCUUCAUUUUUUGUUUUUCUAUUUUGUAAAUACCACUUAUUUAAUCAUCUCCGCUUAGCUUAGCUUAGCUUCUUUUUUCCA